AUGUCCAAUAAUACAGAAGAAAUUGAUCAAUUCAUUACGAUGACAAAUGCCUCUCGUAAGGUGGCAACAGAAUAUAUUAAGACCUUUGGCGAUCUUGAGAGUGCUAUUGAAGGAUAUUUCGCGGCUCAAUCAAACGAAGUUCUCUCAUCAUCUGAAAACGAGAGAGAAGCCACCAAUGAUACUAUGAAGUCUAUGGAAUCUUUUGGAGAGCGUCCAUUGGGUAUCGAACAUUCUGGUAUACAAUCAUCGGGCUCUGUUCACCAGUCUAGUAGGAAUAACAAAAGCAGUUCUAACAAUAACAGCAAGUUUAUGUCAUUCAGUGACAUGGUCAGAAACAAUGCGGAUGAAGAGGACGAUGAGGAUCGCCCUAGAAAUACUUUUGCCGGUGGUGAAACAUCUGGUUUAGAGGUUACUGAUCCUAAUGAUUCGAAUUCCUUAAUUAAGGAUUUGUUAGAAAAGGCUAAAAGAGGUGGUGAAAGGGCUUCUAAUGGUAAUUUUGACGACAACGAAUCGGCUCAACCUCAGCAAAGCCAAUUUGAAGGAAGAGGGUAUAGAUUAGGUUCAGUGGUUGAUGCCCCUAGUUCAGUAGUUGAAGAUAACCCGCACGUAGCAUCUACUAAAAAGGAAAAAGUUAAAAGAGAAAUUACAUUUUGGAAAGAAGGGUUUCAAGUUGGUGAUGGUCAACUAUAUAGAUACGAUGAUCCCAAAUAUGCUCACUAUCUACAGGAAUUAAACCAAGGUAGAGCACCAUUGAAUCUUUUAGAUGUUGAAUAUGGUCAGGAUGUUGAUGUUACUGUCUUUAAGAAAUUAGACGAAUCAUUUAAGCCUUCUAAAAAACCUCAAGUAGGGUUUCAAGGUAAGGGACAAAGACUUGGUUCUCCAAUACCUGGGGAACUAGAGGAACCUACUUUUACUCAACCUGUUAAGAUACAUAAUGCAAAUGAUGAUAAAUCAUCCUCUGUUGAAACAGAGAAAGAAAAACCAGAGGUUAAAGGUGAUACAUCUAUCCAAAUCAGGUACGCUUCUGGAAAGAGGGAAGUUUAUCGCUGUAACAGUACUGAUACUGUUCAAUCAUUAUAUGAUUAUGUGAAGCAAAACACAUUAGAUCAAUCCAGAGCAUUCACGUUGAACCAUGCCUUCCCAGUAAAAGUGAUCGAUCAAUAUGAUUCCACUAUUGCAGAUGCAGAUUUGAAGAACGCAGUUGUUGUUCAAAGAUGGGUAAUGUAA